ACUUAGGUGGUUAGUGAACUUGGUAGUCAGUGAAGACGUGUCUGUGUCAGCCUACACUCCAGUGUUCACGGUGUCGUGUCAUGACACAACGAUUGAUUGAUUGAUAAAGAUUAAGAAAUCUAAGAAGAGGCACGGGCAUGAAUAGCCCCUAAGUGACAACGAUUACUUAGUGAUACAAAGAUGGCAAUUUGAAUGAAAAAACUGCUAGUGCUUAAAGAUGGAAUCUCUAGAUGUACGCAAGAACUUCAUCCUCACCACAACUGGAAAUUAUUUUGGUCUGUCAUUAUCUGAUCCCCUGCUGUUGGCACUAAAUGACGACCAAAGCCUCAACACCUUUUUGGACUCGGGGAAUUGUCAACUCCUCGGAUCCCAUGUGGUUCCUGACGAGGGUCGAGUUAUAUUCAACACUAAGGUUGACUCAACAUUAAAGAAGGAUAAGUUUUUGGUGUUCUUCAAGGUGAAGCCCGAUGUGAUAACUGGAGAUAACCUUGCUGACAUUUUUGUGUCCUCAAUGAUUGACUCUCCUGUUUCAUCCCUCUAUCAUUCACUUCAAAAGCUUUAUGCACCAAUACUAUUAAAGGAUUCUGAAUGGAGUGGCACUCUGGAUCCCAAGCUUCAAGCAUUAGUGACAGAGCUAUCUGAUGGUCUGGGAAGCCUUCUGCGAAAGCAAGACCCACUUCUGUCAAAUGACUCCUCUCAUGCAUCCAAACGGCUGGCAGGCAUCCUGACAGUAAAGGACGAGACAGACUACUGGGCUGACACGGCCAACAAUCCCAUGAGUAGGGAUGAAAAAGAAAUGGCCCAGAGCUUUUAUAAUUGCCUUGAACCAAUAGAAAAAGAAUUCAGUGGGUUAGAUGCUGUUGUGAUGGGAGAAGCAGAGGAUAUCUUGGAGAACACUCAGAACUCCCUGGAUGAACUAUGGAGGCUGGACUUUCCUCAGGCUCGUAUGUCACACCUGCUAGAUAUCAUAGCCAAUCAGCUGUCUCUGUAUGUGCAGAGCAAACUGGGAGAAGAGGACCUGUGGGGAGGACAGUACAAUCAAAUAGAGAAAAGUUUGUCUGAAGGCAUUUCAGUUUGUGAUCGUUGGGUAGACACCUGUAACAAGCUUACUUCUAUGUUUUGGAAAAGUGGUGCAGACCAGAUGUGGGAAGGCAAACCAUUCACUCCUGAUUAUUGCAAGAAUGUUUCCAAGCGUCUAACUGAGAUACUGAGUCUACGCACCUUGCACAAGCAACUGACAAGGCUCUUGUCACUAAGCGAACAAGAGGAACUCAAAACUGCAGAGGCUUUCAAGCCUUUUGCCGGCUUAAAGCCAGUACAGUACAAUCCGUACACUGAACCAUUGUGGCAAGCAGCAGUACGUCAGUUUGAAAAUUCCUUGAAGCCUGCAGAACAACGAAUUGCUGGUAAGCUAAGGGCACAACUUCGAAAUAUGGAUUCAAGUGCAUACCAGCUUAUGCAAGAGUUUAAGCGGUACAAGGAAUUAAUUAAACGAGAAAGCAUCCAGAGAGAGCUUGUAUCUGAACGAGAAAUGUUGCUUAGUGAACUUAGCAGCUACAUUCGAACAGUGCGCACAGAUUUCAACAACACAUCAGUUAAUGGACCCAGACGAAUGACAAAUGUUCCAGAGGUGGUCAGCAAUAUAUACUGGGUCAAACCUAUUCAUGCGAAGAUCCUGGAUAUUGGUAAAACAGCAGAUGCCUUAUUGACAGACCUGAGUGGUUAUGAGGAGUUGAAGACCAGCAUUGCAGAGUUUUGUGAGGAGCUGGAAGAAUAUCACAAUGAUCAGUUUGACUCGUGGUCCCGAGAUAUGCUACAUAUGAUUGAUACACAAGAGCUUAGCUUGGCCACAGACUCCCCAGUGUUGUCAUUCAGUAAAGGCCGCCUACUGCGAGUUAAUUACAAUCCACGACUUGUAGGGCUGGUAAGGGAAGUAAGUCAGCUUGCAAUCCUGGGACACAAUAUACAUCCAAAUAUAAUUAAAAUGGCAAAUCUUGCUCAAAAGUUUAUGAAGCAGGCUAAGGCCUUGGAAGAGAUUGCAAACUUCCACAAUACAGUAGGAGACCAAAUGAUUCCUUCUCAGCGACCAAUGAUGCUUGAAGCAGCACUCGCUCUCUCCGGCUUGGUACAGGAACAAACUACCAUCACUUGGUCCAACACUCAACAGUUAGAUGCUUAUAUUGCCAAGCUCAAGGUAGCGACUCAGAGAUUGGCAAGAGAAAAUAAACAGCUGGCUCAGUGUCACCUUAUGAUCAAGGAAAGAGUGUUAGCACUGAUGAACACCGACUUGUUGCGCCAUCAGUCUAAAUGGAAAGAGUUACUAAAGGAGAUGCGAUCCAUCAUGCACCAGUUGCAGGAAAAAGGAUUUGCCGACCAAAAGUCUUGGUGCUCUCAUUGGGAUCGUCAGCUGUACAAGGCACUCGAACAUCAGUAUCAGCUUGGACUGGAAGCCCUUAACCAGUACCUUCCAGAAUUUAAAGUGGAGUUAACAUACAGGCAACAAAGGCUUCAGUUCCUUCCCCCAAUUGAAGAAAUUCGCAUGAAAUAUUAUGGCCAGUUGAAGCGUUUCUUGGCUAUUCCAUACCACUUUAAGGGUGUGAAUGACGUAAAUGAACAUCCAGUGUUCCCGACCAUUGUGGACCGUAAUGCCCAUCGCUUCGCACAGCUCUUCCAGCGAGCUGAAGAAUUGUUCGAGAGACUUGAGAGUGUCAAAGAACGUUUUGUGGAUUUAUGUGCUCUUGGUUCGUGUGAUGUAGACCAACUUGUGGAGAAAUACUGUAAGACAUCUGAAGACUGGGACAGGAACUUCCGAGCAUCAAAAGGCAAGGGUCAAGAGAUUGGAAAGUUACCAAGUACAGAAGAAAAGCUGGAUUGCUUCAGCAUAAGUUUCCAACCCUUGCGAGUGGAAUUGGAGAUAAUGAAUCGCCGUUACUGGGAUAUUCUCGUUCAAUCCCUUCAUAAUGCUAUUAUAAAAGAUAUCAAUACAAUUGAAAAAUUCACAGAGGAAGCAGUAGAUGUCCUGAGAAAACAGCCACAGACUGUAGAAGAGAUUGCAAAUGCCAGCAACAAGCAUGCAGAAUAUGCAAAGUUAACUGAAGAAAUGGUUGAAUUAUUUAAUGAGGCAGAGCGUAAGAACAAGACAUUAGCAAGCUGGACGAAGGAAAGAGUGGAGCAAGUGUCUCGUGUCACUAUGCAGUGGGACAAUUACAAGACUUUGAUGGAAAAUCAUGAACAAAUUGUUGCAAAGCAGAUUGAAGCAAUCAAGGGUAAUCUGGAGAGCCAGACAAAUAAUUUCAACAGUGAAGUAGAAAAAUUUGGGAUGAGGUGGUUUCAACUUCGUCCUCGGGAAGAUCAAUUAGAAGGUGAUGGCGACCACUUACAGGAGGCCAUUGCUUUUGUAGCAGAAAAACGCUUAGAGUGGGACCAGCUUAUGGAGACACGAGACAGCUUGAGGAAGGAUUAUGAGCACUUCCACAUGGGGGAGCCAUUCUUCCCAGAAAUUGAUGACAUUGAAGCUGACCUAAUAAAGCAUGAGAAAACGUGGGGUUUGUUUGAUGAAUUCAACACUAGUAUGCAAGAGUUUUCCAACGAAGAGUGGAUUGUUUUCCGAAGUAAAACAUAUAAAUUUGAAGAAUUUCUGAAUAGCUGGAAUGAUAAACUACAAUCAUCUGGAGAAACGACACCUGUGACUGUACGCCUCAUUCAUGAACUUGAAAAGUAUAGAGCAGUAAUACCACUACUGAAGUAUGUGCGUGGAGAAGUAUUUUCUGAAAAGCACUGGAUUGAAAUGUACAGCCUUCUUGGGAUACCUACCAAUGUCACAGUAGACAAACUCACCUUUGGUCACUUCCUGAAGGUGCGUGACAGCUUAACACAGCACAGUGAGGCAUUGAAGGAGAUGAACGCCAAAGCAGCAGGUGAAAUUGUUAUUCGGCAAGCAUUGGGAGAACUGGAUGUAUGGGAAGUUGAUGCUCACUUCACUCUCGUUCCUCACACAGCCUCAGCUGGACAUCAGAUUAUGCUCAUCAAAGAAUGGAAGGAUAUCAUCAACAAGGUUGGCGACAAUCAAAGUCUGCUGCAGUCCUUGAAAGAUUCGUCAUAUUUCGCAGCCUUUGCAGAUCGGGCUCGAGUUUGGGAACAACGUCUAGCUGACUUGGACGAGUAUCUUGCUAACCUAAAUCAGAUACAGCGUAAAUGGGUGUAUCUGGAGCCCAUUUUUGGCCGAGGUGCUUUGCCUAAUGAACAAGGUCGCUUCAGGAGAGUUGAUGAUGAUUUCAAAUCCAUCAUGUCAGAUGUUGCUAGAGACAAUAAAGUUGUAUCCCUCUGUCGCAUUAAUGGUAUACGGAACACAUUGGUUACUCUUCUUGAUCAACUAGCAAGAUGUCAGAAGAGCCUUAAUGAAUUUCUGGAGGAGAAGAGGUCUGCUUUUCCUCGCUUCUACUUUAUUGGUGACGAUGACUUGCUUGAGAUCUUGGGUCAAGCUACAAACCCAGAAGUUAUUCAGAAUCAUCUAAAGAAACUGUUUGCUGGAAUUCACUUUGUGAGAUUUGAUGAGAAUAAUUCACACAUCGUUGCAAUGAAGAGUCUUGAAGGUGAAGAUGUUCCUCUUAGAAGACCUGUUGAAAUCACCACACAAGUUGAGGAUUGGUUAAGUCAGCUGAGUGAGGAGAUGAAGAGGACGCUGAAUGAGCUGCUUACUGAAUGUCUGGCAGAAGGUCAUACUGAUGCAGGAAUGGAUCCUCUUAAGUCACCUUCUCAGAUCUUGUGUCUUGCUGAUGCCAUUCUCUUCACGGAACGAUGUGAAGAGUCAAUUCAGAAUGGAAGUCUUACCAGCUUUAAAAAAGAAUUAGAGGCCAAGCUUGAAUCGUAUACAGGUGUAGACCUCAGUUCAGAUGGAACCCCAGAGGGUAAGGCAGAUAGUUUAGUGCUGGAGCUGAAGUUAAAAGCACUCAUCUUGGACACCAUUCACAAUAUUGAUGUUGUGAACGUACUGAUCAAUAGUAACAUUACCUCUGUGUCAGACUGGGCAUGGCAAAAACAGCUAAGGUUCUACAUAGGUGAAGGAGGUUCGGCAUUUAUGAGGAUGGUAGAUGCUCAGUUUGAUUAUACAUAUGAAUACCAAGGUAAUGCCCCCAAACUGGUGCAUACACCUUUAACUGACAAGUGUUACUUAACACUUACACAGGGUAUGCACAUGGGGCUGGGUGGAAACCCCUAUGGCCCGGCUGGAACUGGUAAAACAGAGUCGGUGAAAGCUCUUGGUGGCCUGUUUGGGCGUCAGGUUCUGGUGUUUAACUGUGAUGAAGGAAUUGAUGUCAAAUCCAUGGGCCGAAUAUUUGUUGGUCUGGUGAAAUGUGGCGCAUGGGGCUGCUUUGAUGAGUUCAACCGUUUAGAAGAGGCUGUUUUAUCAGCAGUCUCUAUGCAAAUUCAGACGAUACAGGCUGCUCUUAAGUCACAAGCUGCAACCACUACACUAUUGGGCAAAGAGGUGCCUGUUGAUCCUAACUCGGGCAUUUUCAUAACACUGAACCCAGCUGGUAAAGGGUACGGCGGUCGUCAAAAGCUUCCAGACAACUUAAAGCAGCUAUUCAGGCCUGUUGCCAUGGCCCGUCCUGACAAUGAGUUAAUUGCUGAAGUCAUUCUGUUUAGCGAGGGCUUCAAGGAUGGUAAAAGCCUUGGGCGUAAGAUUGUUGCAAUCUUCAACUUAUCCAAAGAACUCCUCACUCCACAGCAGCAUUAUGAUUGGGGUUUACGAGCUCUUAAGACUGUAUUGAAAGGCUCUGGUAAUCUGCUUCAGUUAUAUAGGCGCACAUUGCCAGAAGAAGAAAAGUUAUCAGAGGUUAAUAUAAAUGUGGAAUCAGAACUGGUAGUGCAAGCUUUGCGGUUGAACACUCUCUCUAAACUCACCUUCUCUGACAGUUCAAGGUUUGAUGACCUGGUGCGAGAUGUGUUUCCGGAUAUUAAAUUUAGAGGUGUUGGCUAUGAAGAUUUAGCUGAAGUUUUACAAGAAACAUUUAAAGAGAUGAGUCUUAUACCAAACGAUCGACAGAUCAAAAAAGCUCUGGAGCUUUAUGAACAACUCCAGCAGCGUAUGGGAGUGGUAGUAGUUGGUCCCUCGGGAUCUGGUAAGACAACUCUGUGGCAGACCUUGCGACAUGCGCUCUUGAAAAUGGAUAAAAAGGUAAAGAAAUACGUCAUGAAUCCUAAAGCUAUGCCACGACAACAGCUUCUUGGGCACAUUGACCACGAUACAAGAGAAUGGUCUGAUGGUGUUCUCACUGCUUCUGCAAGACAAGUUGUCCGAGAGCCACCAGAUGUAACAUCAUGGAUCAUUUGUGACGGUGACAUAGAUCCUGAGUGGAUAGAGUCAUUGAACUCUGUAUUAGAUGACAAUCGACUUUUGACCAUGCCAUCAGGAGAAAGGAUACAGUUUGGCCCAAAUGUCAAUUUCCUUUUUGAGACUCAUGAUCUAUCCUCUGCUUCACCUGCCACAAUCUCUCGCAUGGGCAUGAUCUUCCUAAGUGACGAAGACACCAAUAUCCACGCAGUUGUUAAUUCUUGGCUUGAAUCACAGGGUGAAGAAGCAAAACGCUAUCUUGAACCAUAUAUUGAACAAUACUUCUUUAAAGCACUUGAAUGGGUCUUAAAUGCUGGUGAAGCUGAAGUUGAAACCACUUUAGUUGGAUGGGUUUUGAAUGGCCUUUCUCAUCUUCAUGAGGUUACCAGUAAAGCUCACUUUGCAUUGGCGCUUGUGAAAGGUCUAGGAGGUAAUCUGCCAGAGACCAACAGGGCAGACUUUGCUCGUGAGGUGUUUUCUUGGGUGGGUGAACAUGUACCAGAUCAACGCAAGCCUCUCAAUGUUUAUUACGAUGCUGCACGUGACCGUUUAGAACCAUACACCUCUGACUCGACAGAAGAUGUUGUAGUCGAUACAGCUGAAGUUCCUUUAAUACUAACUGCUGAUGCCAAAUGUUCACUGGAUUAUUUUAUGCCAUGGCUUCAACUAGAGACAAAGCAGCCAUUCAUCCUAGUUGGACCAGAAGGCUGUGGGAAGAGCCUGCUGCUUCAUCACUGCUUCUCCAAGCUGCGUAGUACGCAGGUGACCAUGAUUCACUGCAGUGCAUACACGGCUCCGCAACACGUGCUGCAAAAACUCUCCCAGAUGUGUAUGGUAAUUUCUACUAAUACUGGUCGAGUAUAUCGCCCUAAGGACUGCGAGAGGUUGAUUGUUUACCUUAAAGAUCUAAACUUGCCUAAGCCAGAUAAAUGGGGUACUUGCCAGCUCAUCACCUUCUUGCAGCAGGUGGUGACAUACGAAGGCUUCUAUGACAACAACCUAGAGUGGGUUGGGCUCGAGGGUGUGCAGGUGGUGGCUUCCAUAACUGGUGGGUCGGCACUGGGACGGCACCAGCUAUGUGCGCGUUUUACAUCCAUUGUUAGAAUUGCCUCAAUUGGGUACCCUGAGCGUGAGCAGCUAGUGAGUGUGUAUGGUGCGUAUAUGCAGUCGGUACUUAACACUAUGUGCCCGGGCCACCCUGCUUGGGGGUCUCAGACUAAAGCCCAGCAACUGGCAACAUCCAUGGUCAACGUCUACCAAAAUGUGCGUGAUACCUUCAGUGUAGAUGACUAUAGUCACUACUUGUUCACUCCACGUGACCUGACACGCUGGGUUCUGGGUCUCUUGCGUUAUCAAGUUACCUCAGAUGAUGCUACUCUUCAGCCACUGUUGGAGGUCUGGCUGUAUGAAGGCUGCAGACUUUUCCGUGACAAACUGGCUGAGAGAGAUGAUGUUCAGAAGUUUGAUACAAUAAUUCUCUCUAGUAUUCAGUCAGACUGGGGCUUGGAUCUCCGUGAUCACAUAGUUUCCAAGUACUUUGUCACCCCUGCAGUUAGUGUUGUGGCUCCUGGGGCACCUCUGCCUCUCCAUGGUUACAAGCUGGGCCAGAUGAGCACCGAGGACUGGGGUGAGGUGGUGACACGUGCGGUGACACAGUACAGCAGGGAGAAACAAGAGCUUAAUUUACUCAUCUUCACAGAGGUAUUGGAGGCUAUGGCACGUGUUGACCGGAUCUUAACAUCCCCUGGAGGCUCAUUUCUCAUGGCUGGCAGGUCGGGUGUGGGCCGCAGAACUGCCAUCUCUGUUAUUGCCAACUUACAUGGUAUUAGAGUUGUCUCACCAGCUAUGAGCCUUGGUUAUGACAUUAAAAACUUCAAAAAUGAUUUAAAACAGGUGAUGCAGAGCGCUGGUGUUGAGGGAGAACAGGUGGUGCUGCUGCUAGAGGAUCACCAUCUGGUCACUUCAGCAUUCCUCGAGAUUAUCAAUUCUCUUCUUAUGGCUGGAGAAGUUCCUGGACUCUACACUCCUGAAGAACUCGACCCUCUCCUCAUGCCUCUGCGAGACCAGGCAGCACAUGAAGGAUUCAGGGGUACACAGUAUGCAUAUUUUGGUUCAAGAGUGAUGACAAAUUUGCACAUUGCCUUGAUUAUGGAUUCAAGCAACCAGGAAUUCUCUGCACAGUGCGAGAGUAACCCAGCUUUAUAUAAGCAGUGUUCUGUGCUCUGGAUGGAAGGAUGGGCACAAGAAACAAUGAUUGAGAUCCCAGAUUUGCUUUUAGAAGACUAUGAAAGGGAUCUAAGCAACAGUUCAGAAUUCCUGAACUCAUUCUUGGCUAUACAUGAGAGCCUACCAUCUCACCUUGCCACUCCUCGGCGUUACAUAACCCUCCUGCAUACUUAUCGUUCAAUUCAUAAUACUAAAAAGGAAGGAGUAAUACUGCGACAACGUCAUUUGAAGGCUGGAGUGGCAAAGCUCAAUGAAGCACGUCAGGUAGUAAGCGAGCUUAAGGCUGUAGCUGCAGAAAAAGAAACUGUGUUAGCAGAAAAGCAAUCGGAAGCCAAUCGUGCCCUCGAGCUGAUUACAGACACUAUGAAAAAUGCCAAUGCUCAGAAAGUUCAGAUGGAAACAUUGAAAGACCAAACGGUAAAUGAAAACAAGAAGAUAGCCGAGAGGAAAAUUGCAAUUGAUGAGGAACUAGCAGAAAUUGAGCCCAUUGUGCGAGAAGCUAAAGAGGCUGUAGGGAACAUCAAGGCUGAAGCCCUGACUGAGAUAAGGUCCCUACGAGCACCACCCGAAGUAAUACGAGAUAUCCUAGAGGGUGUACUACGCCUUAUGGGAGUUCAAGAUACUUCAUGGAAUUCCAUGAAAACUUUCUUAGCAAAGAGGGGUGUCAAGGAAGAAAUAAGGAAUUUUGAUCCAAGAGACGUAACUUCUGAAGGUCGCAGAUCGGUAGAAAAAUUGCUUCACGAGCGUGAGGAUUCAUUUGAGGCAUCCGUUGCUAAAAGAGCAUCAACUGCAGCAGCACCACUGGCAGCAUGGGUGAAAGCUAAUGUACGAUUCUCCUAUGUACUCGAAAAAGUGAAACCUUUAGAGAAGGAACAAGAUAAACUGCAAAGAAAUUUGGAGAAAGCUGAGGCGCAGAUUGGAGAGUUGUCGGCUGGUUUGGAAGAUGUUGACAAGCAGGUAGCUGUACUACGGGAGAAGUUGAAUCGCUCUACUAAAGAAGCUGCAGAGGUAGAAUUCCACUUGAGUAAGGCCAAGGAAACGAUCACAGCUGCAGAGAGCCUCGUCACCAAACUAGAGGGAGAAUAUAAACGUUGGAGUCAACAAGUGUCUGAGUUAGAUUCUAGUAUACAAGGCCUGCCAAGAGAGGCUCUCCUAGCUGCAUCAUUCAUCACUUACUUGAGUGAAGCUCCCGAAGACACGCGUAAAGCAACAAUGGCCCACUGGAGCCGUAUGUUGCAAGUAUCUGGAUUUGACUUACGAAAGUUUUUGAGCAGUGAGAGGGAACAGCUUCAGUGGAAGGCGGAAGGGCUCCCAUCCGAUCAGUUAUCUAUUGAAAAUGCUCUCGUCAUUCUCCAGAUGACAACACAACCGGCAGGGUGCGGGAUGAAGCCUUUGUUGAUUGACCCAUCGUCCCGUGCUACUGCUUGGCUUCAUCAACAUCUUCGAGACGCUACCGUUGAGGCAACAUCACAGCAAGAUCCAAAGUUUGCAACAACACUUGAACUAGCUGUGAGGUUUGGGAAGACCCUCAUUAUCCAGGAAGUGGAUAAGGUGGAGCCACUUCUCUUCCCACUGCUCAGAGGAGAACUUAUCAGUCAAGGUCCUCGUUAUGUUGUUCAACUUGGAGAGAAAACACUUGACUACAAUGAAAACUUCCGCUUGUUCUUGGUAACUCGUAGUCCUUCUCCAGAACUACCACCUAAUGUUAUGUCGAUCCUUACAUCGGUAAAUUUCACCACUACACGUGCUGGAUUAACAGGACAGCUGUUAGCAGCAACACUGCAGGUGGAGAAGCCUGAACUGGAGGUGCGGAGAACCGAUCUCCUGAGGCAAGAAGAAGACCUGAAAAUACAGUUAGUAACUUUGGAAGAUCAUCUCUUGACAACUCUUGCUGAAUCACAAGGCAAUAUCCUGGAAAACAAGGAACUGCUGGCAUCAUUAGAGCAAGCUAAAUCUAGUUCUGCCACUAUUGAAUCUUCACUGAAAGAGUCGGGAUCUCUCCAAGAAUCUCUUGAGAAUGAACGGAAAGCAUAUUUACCUCUGUCACAGGCCGCUUCGAAUCUCUACUUCGUCAUAUCAGACCUGUCAAAACUUAAUAAUAUGUACCGUUUCAGUCUCAAUGCUUUCCAUAACCUUUUCCACAAAGCUUUACAAACACCUCAGGAUGGAAGCAACACAGAUCAGCGCAUAAAGUCUCUUCAGAGAGCUUUAAUUGACCUGGUGUAUAGUUACAUUAGUCGUUCCCUCUUUAAGGAAGAUCGCCUCAUGUUUGCCUUGCACUUAGUUCAUGGCAUGUACCCAGAGCUUUUUAGAGAAAAUGAAUGGGAGGCUCUGAUUGGCAUGCUGGUGACAGAUGUUAGAACUGAUGCAGCUGAAGUCAAAGAAACUCUUCCAAAGUGGGUUGAUGAAGAACGUGCAUUUGCGGUCUCGUUGUUAAAACAAACCUUCCCAACCCUGUUUGAAAUGCUGCAUUUGAAUGACUUGUCAAUGUGGUCAGGCUUUGCUAGAUCCAGCCACUGUGAGACAGAUUUACCAGUUCAGAUUCAUCAAAAGCUUUCUGGAUUCCAACAUGUGCUUCUCAUUCAGGCAAUAAGGCCUGACCGUCUCCAGUCUGCGAUGGUCAACUUUGCAUCCAGGGCACUAGGGAUGAAGGAAUUGUCACCUCCGGCCCUGAACCUCCGUCGUCUUAUGUCUGAGACAACAGCUGCCGAGCCUGUCAUGAUCAUCAUCUCCCCUGGAGCUGAUCCCUCACAAGAACUUCUGGAACUUGUGAAAAAUACUGUUGGAAAUACCAACUAUCAUGAGGUGGCUAUGGGUCAAGGGCAGAGUGAGAUAGCUAUUAAACUGCUACAAGAGUGUGCAUCUGCUGGCCACUGGUUAUGUCUCAAGAAUCUUCACCUGGUGACUGCUUGGCUUCCAGUUCUAGAAAAAGAAUUAAAUUCCCUUCAGCCACACCAAGAUUUCCGGUUGUGGCUGACGGCAGAACCACACGCAAAGUUUACACCUAUAAUUCUGCAGACGAGUCUGAAAGUCACUUAUGAGGCACCAGCAGGAAUCAAGAAAAAUCUUCAACGGACUUAUGACUCUUGGACGCCAGAAAUAAUUGCCCGUGGAAACAAUGUCAACCGUGCCCAGUCACUCUUUGUCUUAGCAUGGUUCCACGCUGUUGUUCAAGAGCGCCGGACCUACAUUCCACAAGGGUGGUCCAAGUUCUACGAGUUCUCCUUAGCCGACUUAAAAGCUGGGGCAGACAUUCUGGAUAGAUUAUAUAAACAAGAAACUGGUGAUAUCAAAUGGAACUUUAUUCAUGGCUUGUUUGAAAAUGCAAUCUACGGCGGACGUAUAGACAAUGUGUGGGAUUUGCGAAUUCUUACUGCCUACCUCUAUACAUUCUUCACCAGUGAUGUGAUUGGUGGACGCAAACUUUCUCAAAACCAGCUGGCCCAAAAUAUGACUCUGCCAACUACUGUUAAUUAUCAGGACUUCACUGCCCUUAUAAGAAGCCUACCAGAAGAGGAUGAUCCAGCUUACUUUGGUCUUCCAGCAAAUAUUGAAAGAUCUUGGCAGCGUAUUGUCAGUUCACAGGUUAUUGCUCAGCUAAAGGUGUUGAUGAGGUCCCCUGAGCUUGCAAGCCGUUUUGACCGUGAAAAGUGGCACUCUCAAUUGUCACCAGUGCUGAACUUGUGGAAAAAAUUAAAUCAGGGUGCUAAUCUUAUUCAAGCUAAAGUUGCUGCACCAGGCUCAUCAUUAGAAUCUCCAGUUAGAGCAUUCAUACAGCUGGAAUAUUAUUCUGUGAUCGGCAUCGUCCAAACAGUCCACCGGUCACUAGCCCAGCUCUCAAAAGUUAUUCGUGGAACACUUUUGCUUACCACAAGUGUCCAGGAACUUGCAGAUUCUCUUUUGAGGCAGGAGACUCCUGGCAGUUGGCAGAAGCUAUGGGAGGGACCAGAGGACCCACUAGAUUAUUUAAGGAGUCUUAUAAGACGAGCACUGGGAAUUGGAAAAUGGGUAGCUAAAAGUGACCAGAACAGUCUUCUCAAAGAAGCACUUGAUCUCUCCGAGCUCCUACAUCCAGCUACAUUCUUAAAUGCUCUUCGCCAGCAGACUGCAAGGGAAUAUGGAACUUCUAUGGACAAUCUGGAAUUUGUUACCUCUUGGUCACGUGGUGGGAUUCCUGAUGCUAAGGUUGGCAUGAAGUGGUGUGGACUUCAAAUGGAAGGAGCUACUUUUGACGGCUCCCGAUUGAUGCACAACACCCAUGAUUCUCCGAGCAUUGCUGUUGCUCCAUUGUGCACAGUAGCAUGGAUGCCAAAGGAUUUGGGAACUAGAAUGUAUCAUGAAGAGCUACUGUCAGUUCCUGUGUAUUCUGCCUCUGACCGCGAGCAGUUGGUCGGCAGCAUUGAUCUGCCUUGUCCUUCACCUCACUACGAGUGGCGUCAAGCUGGCUUGGCUCUGUUCUUGAUAACAUAGAUCCUUCAAGUGGAGAAGAGAUAUACUGAUGGAAACCCCUUGUUGUUCAUGCAGAAAGUGUGUGAACUUAGGCAUAAAAGUAAGAGUACUGUAAUCUCUUGUAGGUACUGUAUCUCAGUAUUUGUAUGCUGGCAACAAACUGAUAUUCUUAAUUAAAAAUAUUUCCUCUCAUUUCUAGUCAUACAUUACUUUCUAGUCACACAUUCCAAUAUAUUAUCUGAAAGAAAAAGUAAUGUUGUAUUGCAUAUUGACAAGUAUUGCAUUAAGUAUGAAUAAGCUUAAUUGGAUGGUGUGCGUGUUACUGGUUUAAUAUUGCCAAUUAAUGGUUGUUUUCUAAUUUUAAACAUCUUAUGGUAUAAUUCAAAUUCCAAUUAUCAGGGACAGUUGUCUAACUCCUGGGUACUAAUUUUACUGCUAGGUGAACAGAGGCAUCAGGGGAAAAGAAAAUAUGCCCAAAAUUUAACAUUUCUGCCCUGCCCAGGAUUGUCCUCAAUUGAGAGUUGAGGAUGUACAACUGUAUAGUCUACUUUAUCCAUAAUAUUUUAUAACCAUUUCUGAAUAAUUAUUUUUAUCAGUGAUAUGAAGAAAUAAUUAAAAUCGGUAGAGAAUGGGUAAUGAAAUGAGCAAAGACCUUGCCAGAGUAUGGGAAAGUAGUAGUGUGCCAGAUUUCUUGGAAGAAACUGUGAUUGCUCUUUUCUAUACAAAUAAGGGUGUAGAUAGUAAGAGUUAGAGGCAUUAGUCUAAUAAGGAUUGUGGACAACAUGUUUGUAUGAAUUGCAAUAGUAGUACAGAAAAUGGCAAAAAUGAGUUGGGAAUAAAAAUUGCAUGAAAAGAUAAGACACACAUCUUUGGAUCAUCCAAUAAAAUCAGCAGAUUCCUAGAUGUUGCUACUGCUCGGCUUAGACUCGGUCUAUAAGUAUCUCUGGGAAUUUUCAUUAUCUGCUGAUGUAGACCUGACCAAAUGUAAACUCAACAAAAUUAUUUGCAUACCCUCCAACACUAUGUGAUGAGGUGUGAAAAGAUACUGCAUGUGAAUUAAGAGACAAUUCUAUAAUAAAUGUUAAAGAUAUG